AUGGACAAUCUCCAAAUAAAUUCAAUUAACUCCACAUCAAUAUUUCACAAUGUUCAAUAUACGAAUUUAAAUUAUAUAGAACAAUUAUGGGCAAGAUGGUACACAUUCAUUGGGAAUGAUAUAGUUGCAACAGGAUUACUAUUUUUUUUAACUCAUGAAAUAAUGUACUUUGGUAGGUGUUUACCUUGGUUUAUUAUUGAUCAAAUAUCAUAUUUUAAGAAAUACAAAAUCCAACCAGAUAGAAUUCCAUCAAAUCAUGAACAAUGGGAAUGUUUUAAAUCAGUUUUAAAAUCCCAUUUUUUAGUUGAAGCUUUACCUAUUUGGUUGUUUCAUCCAUUAUGUUCAAAACUAGGCAUUACGUAUGAUGUACCUUUUCCAAAUUGGAAAAUUCAAAUUUGUCAAAUCAUAUUCUUUUUUAUAUGUGAAGAUUUAUGGCAUUAUUCAUUUCAUAGGUUAUUUCAUUAUGGAUGGUUCUAUAAAAAUAUUCACAAAAUUCAUCAUAAAUAUGCAGCACCAUUUGGAUUAGCAGCAGAAUAUGCUCAUCCUGCAGAAGUUGCAGCAUUAGGAGUAGGUACAGUGGGAUUCCCAAUCUUAUACGCUUAUUCAGCUACAAAAUUUAAAAAUUUACCAUCAAUACAUUUAUUUACAAUUACAAUAUGGAUUAUUUUAAGAUUAUUUCAAGCUGUUGAUUCUCAUUCAGGUUAUGAUUUCCCAUGGAGUUUAAAUAAAAUUUUUCCAUUAUGGGCAGGUGCAGAACAUCAUGAUGAACAUCAUCAUUAUUUUAUUGGAAAUUAUGCUAGUUCAUUUAGAAUUUGGGAUUGGUUACUAAGUACAGAAUGUGGUGAUUUAGCUAAACAAAGAAGAGAGAAGUUAAGUCUUUCGAAAAAUGAACAUUUAUAUAAAAAAAAUAGAUAA